CUCAGCUGAGCCCAGAGCUGAGUGCUAAAAGCGAAUUGAAUUCCGGUCGCAGUCGUCACUAUACGGGCGUCAGUAGCAGGGACUUCUUUGUUCUGUUGUCCUGUGAUAUUUUUGUUUAAUUUAUACACAUUUGGAACACAUGUCAACGCGACUAUUUCCGAAUAUGGAGGAAUUAUCUCAGGGAACUCAGAUGGACAUCUACAGACCGUAUAUGGACAGGAGAAGGCACGACAGUGAGCAGUCGUUAUGCAGCAUGCCAGAGUCCAACGAUCUGGAGGCGGCCGAAGCCCUGGUCUGCAUGAGCUCCUGGUUUCAGUCAUCCCAACGACCCGGUAGCUUGAAACCUCGUCCUCUGACCCCGGCCUCGGAUUCCUGUGACUCCCUGCUGCAUUCUGAACCCCAAGAGAACCAUGGAGACUUUGUUUCACUCUCUUCACUGUGUAUGACGCCACCUCACAGCCCCAGUUUUGCUGAGACUACCGCUCACAUCCCAGUGCCCAUCUCUCCUUGCCCUCUGAAAAAACCCUGCCACAGUGUCCUCAGUGCCAGACUCCAGCAACCUGCUGAGACAUCACCUCCCAGGUGGUUUCCCACCACUGAGAAAAAUUCCUCCCAACCCUGCAGAGCCAUGGCUACCAGCGUCAUCCGGCACACAGCUGACAGUUUAGUCUACCAAAACAUUCCACAAGAUGUUCAGUGUCAACAAUCAGCACCUACACUAAUUCAGGCACCAAAACAGCCAGCACAGACAGAGAUUUCCUUACCAGCAUCUUCACCCUGCCAGUCCAUCAAAACCAGCGCCAUAUCAGAAACGUGUUUAAACAGAAGCAACCAGUUCUCCAGUGACAAGAUUGCUUCCAAAUCCAAUUCACCACUUUCCACAGCCAGUCCACCCAUAAUAUGCCAGAUGUUCCCAGUGGCUCAACCAGGACUUAUUUCAGCAGCGUUUAUCCAGAGUCCAGCCCAAAAAUCUAUUUUGCCACAACCAAUUUUCGUUGGUUCUUCAGUCCCACAGGGUACCGUGAUGCUGGUGAUGCCUCGGGCAUCAAUGGCUCAGACACCGCAGUGCCCUCAGCAGGCGGUUGUGACUGUGGGCAACACAAAACUACUGCCUCUGGCACCAGCACCUAUUUACUUACCCUCAGGGCAGAGUGGCACCACGCAGUCAGAGUUCUCCCGUAGGCGUAAUUAUGUCUGCAGCUCCCCUGGUUGCAGGAAGACCUAUUUCAAGAGCUCUCACCUCAAGGCACACCUCAGGACUCACACAGGCGAGAAGCCAUUCAGCUGUAACUGGGAGGGCUGUGACAAAAAAUUUGCGCGCUCUGAUGAGCUCUCUCGUCACCGGCGAACACACACUGGUGAGAAAAAGUUUGUCUGUCCUGUUUGUGAAAGACGCUUCAUGCGCAGUGACCACCUUACUAAGCAUGCUCGCCGUCACAUGACCACCAAGAAGAUCCCCUCCUGGCAAACAGAGGUCAGGAACCUGAACAAGAUAACAACAGCCAAGGCUUUGCCAAUCAGCAUGCUGUUACCGGCCUCAAACUGAACUUGUACUUUAAUCACACAGAGACUCUAUUGGAAUGACAUUGCUGCUAAUUCUAAUGGACAAUUGUGGACAUGCACUGGACUCUCUCUUUUUGUUUUGGUUGUUAUUUUCCAUUCUGCUCAUUUUGUACACUUUGCAAUGAACACAAUGUUUUGUAUACUCACUCGUUAUAAUCAUUUAUGCACUCUUUUUUUUUUUUUUGUUUUUUUGCCAAAGUCUUUGUAUUAUGUUUGUCUUAAUGGUAUGUGUAUGUAUAAUUACAAUUGCAUUCUGUGGGAAAUAAAUGGCCUAUUCCUUACUGCCUAAAUCCAGGAAAAUUAUGAAAACUCAUGGAUCUACUUAUGGAUAAUUAUCUGAAAUGCGCUAAUGAUAUAAUUUCUUUUAUUUAAUACUCAUUUCCAGUAAACAGUGAUACAUCAA